CAGUAACUCCGCCUGCGCUUCCGCUGCUGAUUUCUAGUAAGCGUAGGCUACAGUGCUGUUAAUCUGCGUGCGUGUUCGGUUCUCUUUCGCUUUGACCUGUUCACAUACAAGGAAACAAACGACAUACACGCGCUCUCAAAGCGCAAACAUACAGUAAGAACAAACUGUCUGUGAACGUUAUACGGCGGAUCCUGCUCUUUUAAAGAAGGAUGGCCGUUUUAUCCUGUCUGUCUGUGGUCUUAUUGUUUUAUAUCGUCUGCGUCAGAACAGUGUUGUCAGAGAAGGUCCCAGCCCCUGAGAAUGUGAGAGUGAUUUCUCUGAACAUGGGACUAGUUUUGGAAUGGGAUCCACCACAAAGCACCACGAAUACAGUCUUCAACUACACUGCUGAAAUGAAAGGAUGGGAUAAGUAUGGGCCAGUAUGUCUAAGCAGCUCAUCCCUGAGCUGUGAUUUCACUGACAGCGUUUCCAUUUUUGGAACUUACCAACUUCGUGUUCGGGCAGAACUACAUGGAGAGACUUCUGAUUGGGUGGAAACUAAAGCAUUAGCGCUGGAUUUAAUAACUGAGGUUAGCGCUCCUCAAGUAGGACUGAGAAGCAGAAAAGGACAAACAGAAGUUGAUAUCACUGAUCCUCCUAUGAAAAAAAGGAAUUUGAGGGAUGUCUUCAGCUAUGUUUCCUAUCUCAUCCGUUUCUGGAAAAAAGGCGAAACAAAAAAGGAAGAACUAAUAAGAGAGCAGAACAGAGUUGUGUUACCAAGACUGGAGCCUCUUGUAAACUACUGCAUUGAAGUAGAAAUUUUGUAUUUGAACAAAUCAAGUCAGUCCAGCAACAUAACCUGUUUAACCAACACAUCCAGCAAUGAAGUAGAGUCCUGGCUUAUAGCAGUUGUGCUCCUGGUCAGUUUUCUGGUGGUGUUAGUCGCUGUUGUCCUGAUCUUUCUGGCUGUGUGGUAUGGCUACAGGGGAUUCAGAAUUAUGUUCCCUGAUGCUGACCUGCCCGAGGACCUAAAAAAGUUUUUGUCACAACGGUCCCAGUCUUCAAUACUUUCGGCCAUGCAGGAGAGCGCACCGGUGAAGGAGCACUUUUGUGAGCUGAGGAUAUUGCACAAGGAGCCAAACGGCUCUCAGGACAGACCAAUCGGGAUUCAGACACAUAAGAAUGAGUGUUGUAUAGGAGCCAAUGUAAAACAGAACAAUGAGGAGAAAUCUGAAAUGAUCAUCACCACAACAGAACAGAAACCCUUGCUUGCUGAAAUGAGACUGUAGUAAUACCAUAUCAUAAUCAAUGAUUAUUGAUAAUUUUGCCAACUUAAACUAUUCGGUGAAAACGGCAAAAAUAAAUAAAUAAAUAAAAACAUGGACAAGCUAUUAAAGUUAAACAAAGCAGACAAUGUUUUUGUUUGAUUUAUUCAAUCUUCGUUUUGAUUAACCAAUAUUGAUUCUCUAAUCCCAAGAAUCAAUUUUUUCAUAUAUGCUGAUUUUUUUCAGUUGAUGCAUAAACAAAACUUCACUAAAUAUUAUUUGUAGCAAUCCUACCAUCCAGUAAUCGCAAUAAGCUUUGUUACAAAGUCCCAGCUUUGAAAUUCUGUCAACUACAUAACAAAAUUUAAAUAAUAAAUGUCAUAUUGGCACUGUUUAAUUUAGCCUCAGUUCGGCAGCAUGGAGCACAUGUGAACCGAUCAUCUCUUUCUUUUUACUAGCCUACUACCUGAUGGUGUAAUGUGAAGAAAUGAGCUUGCUCUGUUGUCCUCUUGUUGUUUUGCUUACUCUAAAAAUGAUUUUUAAAAGUUUUAAAUAAAAAUAAAAAACUAUAUAUCUAUC